AUGUUGUCCACCGUUCGCAGUUUCGACCUAGUACUGCUGGAAGAGGGCGAAGACUACGUAUGCGACGCUGCCUGCAGCUUGGUAUCGCCUUUUCCGUCCGAAACUACUGCCUCUACUUGGCCGCAGUUUGUAGAAUCUCUGAAGAAUGCGAAUUCUUGCCGUAACAGGGUACGCAAAGGACGCAUCAGACUGGGUACUAAAUCACUCAUAUUUGAGCCAGACGCUUUCGAUUCUCCGAUAUUAAAGCUCCAUUUUCAGAACAUAACAUCGAUCAGCGACAGCGUGCACGUCUCGAAGGGUAUUUUCGUCUCCUGCACAAGAGUAACGUCUGUGCCUACGACAAUAUACAAUGGAAAGACGCGUUUUCUGUCUGCAUACGAUGUGCACAUCGCCAAGGGGAACGCCUCCAGUUCCGCUAAAACUCCCGUCGGUGCGACAGAGGCAAAUUCUGCCGCCUCGAUGAACCUUCCUGGUUUCGUCUUCAUAUUUGCGUACACCACCGACACUAUGCAUAACGAGCAGCUGAGCGAGUAUAUGCGCCUUUGGGGAGCGUAUAGGCUAAACGUGGAUAUGGAUGUUCCUAAUAUACGCAAGACGGGUGGGUUCAGCCAAACGUUGAUCCAGCCCAGGGAGAAGCCGAUACUUGGUUGUGCAUCGUCCAGCGUUCAUCCGGAAUCUGUGUUCUGCUGGAGAUUGAAACGAAUGGUCCGUCACGGUGGCUAUGCUGCGCUUACGGAUCGAGCGUUCUAUUUCGAGCCCUGCCCAAACUUCUCGCGCAAAUCAUGUAAGCGCAUACCUAUCGAACGCAUCCUUCACAUAUUCAAACGUGAUAGCGGUAUACCUUCCAAGGGUGAGUCGGCAACGGCAUUAGAAAUAAUUUCACUCCCCGAGGAGUCAUUAGAGAAGCGCGUGAAGAGCUCACGUAAAUUGUAUAGUUGCCUGUACCUCGAAUUCAAACGCGAGGAUGACCGAGAAAAGUUCACCAGCACGUUGAGAAACAUGAUACCCCGAGCAUUUUAUGCGCUGGAGUCUCGAGCGUUUCGUAAUGAGAUGACACAACUUUGGAGACGUGGCAUCUUGCCGAACUUCCAGUACAUAGAUUUUCUUAACUGCAUUUCUGGCCGUUCUCGGUACGACAUGUCACAUUAUCCGAUAUACCCGUGGGUGCUGGCCGAUUACGAGAGUUCAUCGCUUGAUCUCAAAGACCCAAAGAGCUUCAGGGACCUUUCUAAACCGAUAGGAGCCCUGAACAACGAUCGUUUAGCUCACCUCAAAAAUCGUAUGAACACACUGCAUCUGGCCGACAAGUCGAAUUUCGACGCCACAGAAACCGCAGAAGCUCAUAUGUGCGAGUCUGGUGAUGAGAAGUGCGACACCUGCCUAAUGCGCAUGUGGAACAACGGCUUCUACCUCUACUGCUCUCACUAUUCGACACCCGCUUUGGUCGUAUUCUUCUUGAUACGCCUGCAACCUGAGUGCCAAUUGCGUUUAUAUAGCGGAAAGUUCGAUGCUGCAGCACGUACAUUCAAGAGCAUUUCGGAAACAUUUCACAAUGUGCUCCACGGCCACUCCACAUUCUUCGAACUUAUCCCCGAGUUCUACAGCGGGGAUGACUCGUUUCUACGCAAUCAACUUAACGUAACAACACAGGACGGUCGACUUUGCGAUGUUGAACUUCCCAGAUGGGCAGCUAACUCGUCCGAACAGUUCAUGACACAGAUGCGUAACGCGCUCGAAAGCGAACAUGUCUCCAAACACCUUCACGAAUGGAUAGAUCUCAUAUUCGGAUAUAAGCAGGCAGGAUUGGAAUCAAUCAAGAGUGACAACACGUUCCACCCUCUCUCGUAUCUAUCAUCGGUUCGAGUUGGCAAGUUGCCAAUGACAGGCGCAACUCAAAAUUUGUUGCGUACCAUGGAGCCCAAGGCCAUAUCUGUGCAUGUUCGUGAGUUCGGACAGGCGCCUGUGAUACUGUUUGAAACCCCUCAUCCCCAAAGGUUGCGCCAUCCACACUGGCAGCCCAACGACCACCCCGUAGCCAAUGCACCGUGGUUCAUUUAUGUGAACUACAAUAGUGAGAUAUUGGGUGGUACUGACACGGAACCAGGCGAUUGUAUGCGUAUCGGCAGGACGAUAUCGCAGGGGUGUUGCGAAGGCUAUUUGCGCAGCAUAGUCGCGGACCUCCGAAAAGAUGACAUGGAGCUACAAACCUUGGACAGGUUUGGGGGCAAGAUUACUGGAGUUGGGUUCGCUUCUACAGACAUAACAUACGCACUAUCGCAGAAGGGGUCGAUCGCCCUCCGCCACGUUGAGCGUCCUGAUGUGGUUGUACAUACGUUUGUGGAUCGCACACCCUUGACAUGCGCCACAUGGGUGAAGGGUCAUCUAUGUGUAUGUUCCGGCAGCGGUUACAUGACAAUGUGCAACUUGGAUGCAAUACUAGCCGUACAAGAUGGACUGACUGGCACAAAUAUACCUUCACGAAUAGACAAGGCGAGCUUUGGAGGCUCGGACGAAGGUAUUUUCCUUCAUCGCCAACAAAUGCAUGCCGAUGGUAUCAGUUGCAUCAGUUUCAGUGACGGCGUCCUUACAAGCGGCGGUUUCGACGAAACUGUAAAGCAGUUCCAGGUAACGAAUUCGGCAGUGCGACUUAUCGGCGUCUUCGACGAACACAACGGCCCUUUGGCCUCCGUACACUGUGCAAGUGGCCUGCUACUUACUGCUACUGUUAAUGGCAGUCUAGCUCUUUGGGACCCCCGUUCUCCUCAUAUUCCGAUUUGGAACCACGAGAUAUGCCACCAAUUCAGCGACUGCCAGGUUGUGGCAUGCGCAAUAAGCAACCGAUACAUCCAGCUGGUGUCGGCUGGGGAUUCACCUGUGAUUUUUUGGGAUGUGCGCAUGCUUAAUUCCCUAAGUGCGUGCAGCGGCUUCAAGCGUGAGAUAUCGACGCCCAAGUUCAGGACUUUGGGCGCCAUCUGUGAUCCUAACGACUGCGUGUGUCUUAGCGGCGUACAGGAUGGGACGCCAAUGCUGCAGCUAUAUGACCUACAUACCCGAGCCUCGUUGUUGACGACCGACCUCGGUGGUCUCACUUACCCAACCCUAAUGGCAGCUAAUGAAUUCGGAGGACAACAUAGGCUGCUAGUUGCCAAUACCACUGGCGAUAUUCGCAGUCUCUUAGUCAAAUAA